GAAGGAAAAAAAGCCGCUGGUUUCAACGCCGCCACAGAUCCUGAAGGUGCUUGUUUCUCCCUUUGGCUCGGAGGGGAAGGUGGGGGCCAGGCGUGCAGCGAGAGAAGCCGGGCCUGUAGAGUAGACAUCAGGGCGAGAGGAGGGAGGAGGGAGGGGAGGAGGAGGAGCUCCGGAGAGAGGCCUGCCUGACAAAAGCUCAGUGCGCAGAAGGCUGGUGACCAGGAAGAAGAACCGCGCUUGGGGCUGAGGGAGGAGACGGGCUCUGUGUAUAUACCUGGACGCCGCCGACGCCGCUUCCCCUGCCCGUUCCCCCGCCGGAGGGCUAAGUAAGCCCCACGCCGAGGCCCUGAUGGCGGCCGAGGGCUAAGACCGCUCUUCCUUCCCUUCCCCACCCCGCUGCCAUUUCUCCGCCGGGGUGCGGCGAGGAAGAGGGGGAGGCGGGCGGGCAGGAGGCAGCGGGUCCCUGGGGCGAGCCGACUCGGGGCUAAGCUGCUUAUGCAGGCUGGCAGGCUGGCAUGAGCUUCCUGAACUGGGCUCCUGCUGCUGCUGCUGCUGCUGCUGUUGCUGCUGAGGGGAGGCCGGAGGAAAGCCGUCGCCCGGAGCUGCCAUUGUGUCUCUGAGGAGGAGGAGGAGACCCCCCACUUCCCUUUGGGGAAGAUGGGGAAUUGCCUGAAAUCCCCCACCUCGGAUGACAUCUCCCUGCUGCACGAGUCCCAGUCGGACAGGGCCAGCUAUGGGGACGGGACUGAGCCGGAUCAGGAGCCGCCGCCGCCAUAUCAGGAACAGGUUCCAGUUCCAGUUUACCAUCCAACUCCCAGCCAGACCCGCCUAGCAACCCAGCUUACAGAAGAGGAACAAAUUAGGAUAGCGCAAAGAAUAGGCCUUAUACAGCACCUGCCGAAAGGAGUCUAUGAUCCAGGAAGAGAUGGUUCUGAGAAAAAGAUCAGAGAAUGUGUGAUCUGUAUGAUGGACUUUGUUUACGGGGACCCUAUCAGAUUCCUGCCAUGCAUGCAUAUUUACCACCUGGACUGUAUAGAUGACUGGUUGAUGAGAUCUUUCACGUGUCCUUCCUGCAUGGAGCCAGUUGAUGCAGCACUGUUGUCCUCCUACGAGACUAACUGAGCCAGAGCUUCUCUUCUGACCUGUCACGGAAACCAUCCACUUUAAAGGGGUUUGAUCCUUUGCCAUCUGCCCAAAGAACCAGGGAUUAGGAAACGAAAUCAUGCACAAUAAAAUCUCAUUUCUUAAGAAUAAAGAAAUAUCCUGAAUAGCAGACAGAGGGAGGGAGGGAGGGAAGGAAGGAAGGAAGAAGAAACACAUUUAUAGACUAUAGAAAAAGUAGGAAGUUAUUUUUAUGUAAAGCCUUGAUCCAGUGCUUACAAAUAGUUGCUCCUUAAGAAAGCCUGUUAGCACACCCAUACAGAAGAACUGUGUGAAUAAUAAAAUAUGUUAAAAAUUAAAUUGUGUGGAUGCAGCCCACCAGGAAGUUUUCUGUUCAAGCUUCUUUGAGAUGAAUGACAAGAACACUAUUGGGGAGGUGUGAGUGUGUGUGUGUGUGUGAGAGAGAGAGAGAGCGUGCGAUAAAAAGGAGAAAGGGAUGCUGGAGUAUCCUUUGUCCUAAAGAAAACUGCAUUUUUUGUUCAGAUUGCUUCACAAGUUCCUGGUAUUUGGGUCAAUGCUCUAUUUACAAAAAAAGCUACAUUUUAUAACACUGGCACAAAAAUAGUUUCAAGCUUGUUUGCACAGUUUUUUUAUUCAUUGGAAAUGGAAUCCAUUUUGCCUUAGGUCUUCUAAAAUAGUGUAUUCUUAUUUUGGGGCUGGCUCUAUGCUUGAAAACCAGUUUAUUUAUAACAUGUUAUAAAAGUGCUAUAUUUUGUUUGCAGUUAGGAUUAUGUGGACUUUGAGAAGAUCUCCUAGCUUGUAAGCAAACUUGAGAUGCACUUUUUUCUAUAUGAGACAUUUUAAUGUGACAAUAUUAAAAGAAAACCAACACAAACCAGUAUUUGCCUUUCUAGUGUUUCCUUUCAUCAUUUUCUUUCUAAACAGAGUGCAGAAUUCAAAUACUAAAAUUGAUCUUACAUUUAUUAAGUUAAAAUGGAGCAUGAUGAGGACAAGAUAAAGAUCACCCUGCAUCUCAAAAACACAAUUUGUUGGGGAUGCAUUCUUUUUAAAAAGUUUCAUCUUGGAUCAUAUAAAAAAAAUACUGCAUCUCUUGUUUUUGUACUUCUUAGAUUCUCAAGACCAUACUGUGUCUCGGUCUCUGUGUAUUAAGUGUACCUUUGGUAUUCUUUUGGUUGACAUAGUAGUCUAUUGGCAGAUAUUAAAAUAUUCUAUAUUUUAUGUUUUAUAUGCAAAAUUCAUAUUUGGCAAAUAAUUACAUAAAACUGAUCAAGUUAGUGAUCCUACGGCUGGUAAGGGUUGUUCCAAGUAUUUACAUUUAUGAAACUAAAAAGCAAAGUGAUGUGCUUGAUAGAGGCAGUCUUGCAGAGAGGGUAGUUGAAAAAAAAAAUCCACUUAGGAUGUGGAGUUUUGUUCUCUUAAAACAUUCUUUAAUGUGACCUUUAUACUUUUGACUUAAAGCCAAUAUGUUGAAAUGUCUUAGUUUAGCAUGAGAUGCAGGCAAUGUAUCAAGGACUGUUCUGAUUGUUUUGGCUACAUGAUUCGAAGAAACUGUAUGUAAACAACUACUGCACUGAAGACUAUGUCUACAGUAUAAGCACUGCAGACUGUAAGCAAGCAUUCACCUAACAAAUUCCAUCAGCGGAAGCUGUACACAAGGACUAAUGCAACAGGGCUUUCACCCCUCUCCUCACCCCAUGCUUCCUGAAAUUGGCUCUGGAUGUUUGUCAGGAGACCCCCCAGAACAGCAUGCAAGGGGAGGAGAGGGAGGCUUGUUCCAUCUGGCAAGCUGAAAUGCUUGGGCUGAUGGUAAGAUCAGAAGAGCACAAUGUGGAAUUCCUCUGUCAAUGCUAUAGAAUAGAGCAAUUACAUGUAAAAUAAUUUCUACAGGAGUAGUUGGCAGAUUGCAAAAGUAUCCACUAACCUGUGGAAGAUGCUGUAUAAGUCACUGUAGACUAUUUCCAUUCAAAUGCCUUCCAUAUCCCAUGGUGUGUAGUGGUGUAUACACAGCACCUAUGCAAGCAGCCUUUCCUAUUUGUUUUGUUGGACAAGGCAGACUCGGGCAUACUCCAAAUUGCCCUUGUAAGUGAAAAGAACAAAGGCUGGGAGGACUUCAGUGUUUGCAUCAGAAUCGACAUACCUGCAAAAGACUGCUGGAUUGGGAUAGUUGUUAAAGUAUAAAUGGUGCACUGUUGGAAGAAAGUAACUAGCAGUAUACAGUCUUGGGUUGAUUUGCAUUGCAAACCUUUUCCAGUUCCCCUCCUUUAAUUCAGCUAUUCUUAAUUACAGGAAGUAAAUCUGAGAAAGAAAAAUAUGAAGUUGUGCAAUAUUUUCAGUAGUAAAUCAUACUACCUUUCUUAUCAUUCCACCUGUUGUUUUCCAUAUAUGUUGAUGUCUAUCUUGUCAAGUAUUAUAGCCAGACUUUUCUUCUUUUACCUUGGAUUGUUAAAUCGACAAAUGAACACUUUUUAAACACCUUUUUCUUGUUCAUUGUUGUUUGUUCCCAAGAUUUUUUUUAAAAGACAGAGGCAGGGAAUGUUAUGAGAAAGUGAGUUGUAACUGGUUUUCCCAACUUAAUUUCACAAACCUCCUACUUUUUAUUAAGCUAUUUAUUAAAAUAUUAAAGGGUUAAAAUUGUAAGAGACUUUCAAAAGAACAUGCUAAAUACGCCUUGUGGCCUUUUAUUCAAAUACCAAACCAAUUUUAUAUAAAUUGAUUUUAAACCCUCAUA